AUGCCAGGCUUAGUGCAGAUGUCUGAUCAUCAUAACACAAUUUCUUUUUCUUUCUCUUUUCUUCAGCCAAUCUCAAAUAUUUUUAUUCUUCUUCAUUUCUUCUUUCACCUAUUUCUUCAGCCAAUCUUUAAUCUUCUUUUUCUUAAUCAUUUCUUCCUUUUUUCUUCUCUUUUUUUUCAGCCAAUCUUAAAUUUUCUUCAUCUGCUGCUUCUUCAUUUCUUCCUUCUUCUUUUCCUUCAACCAAUCUUCAUUUUUUCUUUCUUUUUUCUUUUACUUUUCUUUCAGUCAAUCAUAAAAUUUCUUCUUUGUUUUUCCUUGUUUCCUCUCAUUUUCCUUCAGCCAAUCUUACAAUUUUCUUAUUUUUCUUUGUUCUUUUCUUCUUUUUCCUUCUCUUUUCCUUCAGCCAUUCUUAAAUCUUCUCCUUCAUUUCUUACAUCAUUUUUCCUCCUAAUCUUAAAUUUUCUUAUUCGUUUUUCCUUCUUUUUUCUUCUUUUUCUUCAGCCAAUCUUCAAUCAUCAUUUUCAUUUCUUUCUUCUUUUUUAUUCUCCUUUUUCUUCACAAUUUUACAUUUUCUUCAUUUCUUCCUUAUUUUUUCUUCUUUUCUUUCAGUUCAUCUUAAAUCUCUUUUUCUUCAUUUCUUUCUUCUUUUUUUUGCUCUUUUUUCUUCAGCCAAUCUUAAAUCUUUUUAUUUCUUCCUUCUUCUUUUUGUCCUUUUCCCCCAAGCCAAUUUUAAAUCUUUUCCAUUUUUCUUUAUUUCUUACUUCUUUUUUUCUUUUCUUUUCCUUUAACCAAUUGCAAAUCUUCUUCAUUUCUUUCUUCUUUUUUCUCCUUUUCUUUCAACCAAUAUUAAAUCUUCUUCUUUUUUCUUUCUUUCUUUUUUUCUUAUGCUUCUUCUUCAGCCAAACUUAA